AUGCAGUGCGAGCACCCAAGUGCAACAGAUGGAGAAAAGGCUGAAACAUUAGCCAAGCAAUAUCUGUCAGUUUAUUCUGUGGAUACAGGUGUGCCAAUCCCGAUGGUGGAUGGCUUGCAGCUGUUCAUUAUGCAUGAUUUUGGGAAGCCGGAAGUGAAUAAGAUGCGCAAUUUCUUCAAAGCCCAUAAGUCUCCGGAACCGGACGAAGUGCAUCCGUUGAUGUUGAAAGAUAUGCGGGACCAACUAACUACACCACUGACGCGAUUGUCCAAUUUAUCGUUGGCCACUGGUAAUCUACCCCGGGAUUGGAAAAAACAGUCGUUGUUAAUUACGAAUCGUAAUUAG